AUGGAUGCCAAAAACUUGCUUGAAAACCUCAAAGUGGAAAUCACCUGUUUCAUGUGCUUCAGCUAUUUCACUAACCCAGUGAUUGUCAAAUGUGGCCAUACCUUCUGCAAAGAGUGUCUUCUCAACUGCUGGAAGGAAGCCCACAAACCAAUAACCUGCCCAAAUUGCAAGGCAAUCAUUAAAUUUGGAGAUUUCUUGCCUAAUAGGAGGCUGCAGAAUCUGGCCAUCAUUGGCAAGAUGCUUGCACCUCACUUACUGCAGAGCAUUACGGACCUGACUAUCUGUGAGAAACAUGGGAAAGAAGAGACCUUGUUCUGUGAGGAGGACUGCAGACCCUUGUGUGGGCCUUGCUUUUUAACCACAGAGCACAAGGAUCACAAGGUCCUUCCCCUGGAAAAGGCUGCUGGUCAGUGCAUGGAGAAGCUCCAGGCAACAUGGAAUAUUUUAAAGAGUAAGAAGGAGAAAUUUCAAAUGGAAUUGGAAUGGGGAGAAAUGAGAGUGGCACAGUGGGAGGUGGAGGGCCAGUCUCUCAAAGACUUGGUUGUAUCUGAAUAUGAGAAAAUGCACCAGUUCUUUUUGGAGGAAGAACAGCUCCAAUUGCAAAGACUGAACAAGGAAACAAGAGACAAUAUGUCAGCUGAGGAGAGCAAGGCCAGCCAGGCCCAAGCCACCCUCAAUCUGCCCAUGAACUCAGAGGAGCAGCCUGUGCAAAUGAUCGAGUUGGAAGGCCAGGCUAUGAAACAGUCCAUUAAGUCCGAAUUUGAGAAAAAAUACAAGUUCCUGUCAGAAGAAAAACAGCUCAGUCUGCAAAAGCUGGACCAAGAAGUAAAAGACAACUUGGCAAAGUUUGUGGAAAGCAAGGCAAAAGUGACCCAACACAUCCACGACCUGCAAACGGCGAUGUCAGAAAUAGAGAAAACUUUUGAGAAGCUUCCCGUGGAAAUGCUCCAGGAUUUGCCCCACAACCCGAAAAGAUUUGAACUGAUUCUCUAUGUCUUGGCUACUCAGAGUUUCACCUCUGGGAAACACUACUGGGAAGUAGAGGUGGGGAAUACAAAAGAGUGGGAAGUGGGCAUCUGCAAAGAAUCAAUCAGAAGGAAGAGAAAUGGCUGCAGGUUACCUGAAGAUACAAUUACCCUCGGAUCCAUCCAAUUGGAAAAUAACUUUCUCCUCUUGUGUUCAAAUCAAGAUGUUCAUGUAAGCCGACCUAUUCAUAAGACAUACGAGUUUGCUGACUACCUUAGAUCUAAUUGCAAAACCUACACCAGCUUCAUGGCACUCUUCAUCACAAUGGCCACUACAGAAAAAUGUGUAUCCAGCUCUGACUUCUUGCCCCAGGCUACCUGCGUGCAGGGUACCUGCGGCUGCACCUGCCAGCUUCUUCACUCACCUGUGGCCAUAGGACUUCAAGAGUCAUCAAAGUCCAGUGUCAAGACAAAAGCCACAAUCACUGGUGAUGAUAUAGAUGCAGUGAAUGUCCUUGGCAUUUUGAAUGUCUGA